AUGAUGGGCAAAUUCUUAGUGAUUUUUGUAGCCGCCUAUGCUGGAUUCACUACAGCAGAUACCCAUUAUCUGCUCUCGGGCUUCUUUAGUGGAACGAGCAUAGCUGCCCUCGAGUUUGACGACGCGAAGUUGUCACUGAAUCUUAUUAACGAUAUCACUAUCAAUGCCAACUCCUCAAAAUGGAUUUCCCUUGAUGAGAGCAAAGAGAAUCUAUAUGUGGGAGCCCCUGGUUACUUUCAGAGCUAUAGUAUCACGUCAGGGCUUGAGCUCGAUUACCAGAGCAGUGCUAGCCUGCCCUCAAAUUGUUCGAACGCAAACUACAUCGUUGCCGCCAUAAAAGAACCACAUGCCGUUUUUGGAGCCCCUUUCAAUCUAGGCUGUUCUGCUCUUGCUAUCUCUGUGGAUGCUGCUGGAAGCUUACAGUCAUCAUUUGCAAACAUCACCUACGAUAACCGUGCCGGCGUGCAUGGUCUAGCGCUGAGCCCUCAGGCCGAUUUCAUCUACUCAGCUGAUGAUACGGGUAAUGCGGUCUGGGUCCAUUCCUACAAUCAGCCAUCCGCGGUUAUCAAGGAAGUGCAACGAAUUUCUGCGCCUGAUGGUUCUGAUCCAAGACACAUAGCUGUGCAUCCAGCUGGCUUAUUCGUCUAUGUCGUAUACGAAAAAUCGAAUGAGUUAGCUAUUUACACUCGGAAUAAAUCCACGGGGAGGUUGGUUAAUACCAAUGUAACUUACUCUCUUAUACCAUCAUCCUUUUCCAACUAUUCUUCGUAUUAUGGCGAUGAGGUUGCGUUCUCAAUUCCGGGAGAAAAAAGCUUGCCUCCCAGAUAUCUUAUUUGUAGCACAAGGUCACUUGGAACGACACCUGGCUAUGUUACAGCUUUUGCUCUGGAUCCUCUUGCAGGAAACAUUACUUCACAGCUGUUUGUGCUACCCACCACUGGCACCGGAGGACAAGCAAAUGCUGUCUCUCCAGCUAGUUUCAGUGAGGAACAUUUUGCUACAACUGAUACUUCUUCCAAUUUCAUCGAAGUCUGGAAGAUUGAGUCAAACAAGACAUCAACGUCAGCCUUUGCUGCUGCACACGUGGACUUGGAUUCAGCACCUGCCAACGCAGUGUGGUAUACUUAG